AUGGUUCGCACGUACAGAAGAAAGACUGAUGCCGGAGAAUGGUCUCAAGAAAAAAUGAAAGAGGCUGUAAAUAAAGUCCAGAACAAAGAGUUGACCUUACGUAAGGCUGCUGAGAUUUUUGCAGUACCGUUCACGAGCUUACAGAGAAGAGUUACUUUAUCCAGGGGCAUUAUUAAGCGUCGAGGUGGACAGCCAGCUUUAGAUGAGAACGCAGAAAAGAAGUUAGCUGACCGGCUAUUGCACUUGGCAAGUCGUGGCUUCGGAAUUACACCCAAAGCGGUACGUAAGUACGCGUUUGAAUUUGCAGAACGUCAAAAUAUAAAACACAAAUUUGACAGAAAUGCUGGAAUGGCUGGCCAGGACUGGUUUCAUCGCUUCAUGCAAAGAAAUAAAAAAUUAACUAUUCGGAAGCCGGAGGGUCUGUCAAGAGCAAGAGGAAAACCUGAAUGUGUAUACAAUGUUGAUGAAACGGGUAUGCCGCUUAGUAACCGCUCACCCAAUAUUAUAGCCCAAAAAGGUGCUAAAGAUGUUGUCAGCAUGACUAGUGUUGAACGAGGUGAAAAUGUAACCGUUCUAGCCUGUAUGAAUGCAGCAGGACAGUACAUACCUCCAUUUGUUCUAUUCAAAGGUGUGCGUAAACGUGACGAUUUUCUCCUAGGUAUGCCACCUGGUACUGAAGUUGCCAUGACAGAAAACGGCUGGGUCACCGAAGAAGCUUUUAAGUUGUGGCUGCAACAUUUCAAUCGCUACCGGACCCCAGGAAAAGUAGUUCUAAUUUUGGAUGGGCAUGCGUCUCACACCAGCUACUCAGUGGUAGACUUGUGUGACUCUUUCGAAAUUGAACUUGUACUUCUUCCUCCACACACAUCACAUGCCCUGCAACCGCUCGAUGUAUCGUUUUUCAAACCGCUCAAAACCUAUUAUCACCAACAAGCUACAGCAUGGCAACAUUCACAUCCCAAUCAAGGAAUCACAAAAGUCGCUUUCGGAGCACUUUUCCAACGGGCUUGGAAUCAGGCUGCCACUGUUGGGAAUGCUACAAAAGGCUUCGAAAAGACUGGAAUAUUUCCACUAAACGCCAAUGCAAUACCUGACCACAAGUUCAUCGUGCCAUCCACAAGUUCACAACAAUCUGACGAAGCCCAGGCUCCCACCUGUGCAGAAAUAAUUAAAGAAAUUCUUCCAUCACCUUUAAAGUCACCAAUUGCUUCUAAAAGAAUUCGUAAAGUUUCAAAACUGGCCUUGCAUUUAACAUCACCUCAGAAUAAGACUACUCUUCUCGAAAAAGAAGCAAAGAAGAAAUUUAAGGUAGACAAUAAAACCAAGGAAAAUAAGGAAAAGGCUGUGGGCAAAGAAAAUACUAUGAAGAAAAUGAAGAAUAAAGCAAAGCUUGCGAUAAAAAUUAAGAGUUCAUCUCCAAAACAUAGAGAGUGGCACUGCAUUUACUGUUCCGAAAUAUUCGUUCAUCCACCAUCAGAGGAUUGGAUUCAGUGCAAUGCCUGCGAAGAAUGGUGCCACGAAAAAUGUGCUGAUAUGGGGGAGGAAAAAGGACCAUAUAUAUGUGAAUUAUGUGCCGAUAAUUAA